GCGGAGCCGGGAGCCACCCGGUGACCUUCUCAAGAUGGCGGCGUAGCAACGGGGUGAGGGGGAUGGAGCCGGGCUAUCUCGGGGAGGAGGAUAGCCUCAGUCGUCAUGUGCCCACUUUAUUCACCGUCUGUGCAAAGAUUGUCAGUGAGAACAUGGUCAGGCUGGAGCAGGGAGUCUGCGAUUUGCCAACUGCAAUUCUUCGAGAGCUGCUGCAGUUCCUUAACAUUUAUGAUCUGGAGAGGAUUGAAGAGGUCGUCGUAAAAAAAGGCAUUUCAACUCAAGCUCUUUGGCUGCAGCUUUGGAAGGAUUUGAUUGGGACUAACCCUAAAAUAAGAACAGAACCUUUUAACUGGAGGCAAAAAUUCCUGCAAACAUUCUUUCAUGGUGUCUUGUGGGGAACAUUGGACAUUUUGAAUGACAGACGUUUAAUUAAUUCUCGCUCUUCUGCCUUGGUACUCGGAUCACGACAUGUAAGCAAGCUGGUCAUACGCAACAAGCUCCAAGGAGUGAAAGAACUUGCUGAUAAUCCAAGCAUUUGUACCCCUUUGACUUGCACAGUGCAUAAAUUGGUGUUUCAACAUCUGCGUUCUGUGGAUCUACUGUUAGAACACUCACUAUUAAAGUUGCUUCAUAGCCUUGUUCACCAUGGAGUUGUGGAGGAGGUGGCAUUGUCACAUUGGAAUGAACCCUACCCUGAAUUAUUAUCUCACAUACUGAGGACAAGUGCAGGACUUUGGUGUGAAGGGAAGAGGGAAGAUCAGGGUACUUAUUGUUGUGAUGAGGGCAGGUUAAAGAUGGGUAUUGAAUCAAUGGAGCCAACAGUUCAGAGUAAUAUAUUGGAUUGUUGCCAUCAACAGCUUGAAAAGACUGCAUACUGUACUUUACCUAAUUGGACAUUUACUACUACUGAAAACAUUGCUGGUAAGAAAAUCAUGUCUCCCAGUGUUAACAUGCCUUCUGCUAAACUGAUACCUCCAAGUACACAUUGUGUAAAUUCUGAAGAAACAUCAUACGAGAAACUUUGUUUGGUGAGUAGGUCUAGUUGUUGUGGAGCCCAUAGGAUUUGCCCCAAAAAGCGCAAAUCCUGUGGCACAAUGUGUGGAACACUGAGCAGCCUUGAUGUACACACUGUUGUUUCAGAAGUGCAGCCUUGUUCUGGAAGUCAUGGUAUGGCUUUGGUAGAGCCAAAUUCUUGUGCAUAUAGCAGUCAGUUAGAGCAGAGACCAACAUAUACGCCUGGCAAGAUUUGUGAUGAAAGCAAUUGUUGUAAUGGGCAGAAGCUUCCUUAUGCGUGCAGCAAGGUUGUGAAAAAACCUAGAUGUCCUGAUCAGUAUCAUGAUGGUUCUGGAGAAAAACCAAAUUAUUCCCAUGAAACUGAUGACAGAACAUUUAUCAAACCAUCAUCAUCCAGUGUGAUCACUGGGACUUCAGAACAGCUAGUGUCUCAUUGUGAGUUUACUAAUGAUGCUGAAAAACAAACUGCUGCAAUUACAGAGGAAGGAACAUACUCAACAUGUGGGAGUUUUUCAGAAGGUCCAUUAUCUCCUGGUACAAUUUCUGAAUCAACAAAUGCACAUAAUAGAACUUUGGAAGAAUCAUGCCUCCUCAGUUCAAGCACUUGGACCUCAGAAGAUCUAGUGUCAUGUUUUACAAACCAAAGAACAUGUAAGAAGCCACGACUCACUGAUAUGUUUAACAUUGAGUCAGCUGAAAAAUCAAAGAUUACUGGUUUAUCUGAAGCAACUGAGAAGCCAGAGGACAUCUAUGAUUAUAUUUUCAUGAUAGGUGGAAAGAAAGCAGACAUUGAGCAGAACACCUCAGGAACUGAUGAAAACACUGGCAACCUACUGGAAGGUUUGAAUAACUCUGAUUUCUUUGGCCAAGAGCAAGUGGACAACACAUCUCUUUCCAGCUCUCCUCAGCUCUACCUGAGGAGUGUGUCGGUGUUGGAAAUGACAUCAGUCUCAUUGUCAUACAAGUCUUCCAGGAUGCUGUGCAAGUUGCUCAGUUCAUGGGUGUCCCUCCAGAAACUAGUCUUGGAAUAUAAUGGCCUGGGUCCUGCCAUCUUUCCAAUUCUCAAGGAACUCUGUGUCCUCUCUCGAUGCCAUGACAACAGCCUUUCCACUCUUGUAUUAAAAGAUGAUAUCCUUCACCUUCCCAUCAUAAAGCUGGUUAAAAUCCUGCUUGGCAUCUUCCCCCGCCUCCGCACAUUGCACAUGGGCUUCUUGCUGGAAAUACAAAAUGAGUCCCUGGAAAAUGAGUUGUUGAUGGCUGCUGCAGAGAUAACAGAUAGCUGUUUGGAGGAUUUGAGCCUGAGUUGCACAGACAAACCCCUACAGGUUGACUUGCUGCUGCCUGUUUUAAGGCCAUUGAAAUUCCUCAGACGUUUGUGUCUACACAGGGCAUCAUUUGGAGCUCCAGAGGAACUUGGCAAACUGCUGCAUGCAACUACAUACUUUCUCUCAGCGUUAGACUGGGUUACCAUACAGGAUGUUAAUCUUGCUGUUUGUUUUAAAGAAGUUCUAGAUCUUUUGCAUAGUGCUCCCCUUAAAGGUUUAACAUUGGAUAAUUGUCGAUUGUUUGAAAGGCAAGCAGCAGAAACUGUGUCUGAAAUCGUCACUGCUCUGAAACAAAAUCAGUCCCUCAAAUUCCUGUCUUUACCAGCAAAUCGAUUAGGCAACGAAGGGUUGCUCUCAUUGGCGAAACUCUUUACAGAGGAUUCUUUAUCACGUAUCUCCAGCCUGAAUGUGAGUGCAAAUUGUAUUCGAGGAAAUGGAUUACUCAAGUUUGCAAGGCUCCUUAUGACCUCCGAGUCAGAACUAUCUGGUGGGCUGAAACUAAAGGAACUAAACGUAAGCGAGAACCUAUUCUUCAGAGAUCCUGCACUUACUCAGGAGGCACUUGAACUCUUCAAAAACAAAUGUCAUGUAAUCACAAUACAGUCACUUACUGAGCCAUUACAAGCAUUUGCUGACCACAUCAGUGUCAUGUAGACAUUCCAACAUGUUGCACAUCCAGAGGCCUCACUGUUAACUAUUAUAAAUUACCAGGUUCAGACGUCUUGAUUAUUUUACUUCAUUUAUAACCAGAGCCAUUCAGUGCCUCUGUUAAUUUAAACAAGUGAAUGCAACUCCAAGGAAAAAUUUCACCAAUUAUGUACUUGAAAAGCUAUCAUUCUUUCUUUCUUGCUUGGCUGGCUCAGGAUCCAAGUUAGUCUAAAGCACCUACUCAAGUAUAAUUGGAUGAGCUACUUCGAUUAUCUUCGAAGCAUAUUUUUGUGAGGCAAAAUGAGCCAUGAAUUUGGAGUUUAAUUUUUAUUAGAAUUCAUAGAAUGUAGCAUUUUGUACUGUAGUAUUUUAUUUUCCUUUUUCUAUUUUUAAAAAACUAGGGUAGACAUCUUUUUUUGAGGGUGGAUCGACUGCCCCUUCACAGCAUGUUGGGCUGCCUGUUAAUAAAUAUGGCUUUUUAUACUCCCCUAACAUUGAUUUUCUAAGCAGUAUUUUUCAAUAUUGUAAUUAUUGUGAAGCUUUGUCAUGUUCAUAAAGUUCCUUGCUUAGCAAA